AUGGUUGAAAAAAACAUUGUUCUCCUUCCCGGUGACCACGUCGGUACCGAAGUCGUCAACGAGGCUGUCAAAGUCUUGAAAGCUAUUGAAGAAACUACUCCUCACCAACAAAUCAAGUUCAAUUUCUCGACACACUUGAUCGGUGGUGCUGCUAUUGACAAGACUGGCUCUCCUUUGCCUGAUGAGGCUCUUGAAGCUGCUAAGAAGUCUGAUGCCGUCUUGUUGGGUGCCGUUGGAGGUCCAAAGUGGGGCACUGGUGCUGUUAGACCAGAACAGGGUCUCCUCAAGAUUCGUAAGGAAUUGGCCUUGUAUGCCAACUUGAGACCAUGUAACUUCGCUUCCGACUCGCUUUUGGAGCUUUCUCCUUUGAAGUCCAAUGUGGUUAAGGGAACCGAUUUUACUGUCGUUCGUGAAUUGGUUGGUGGUAUCUACUUUGGUGAAAGACAAGAACAGGAAGAAUCUGCUGACGGCACUAGCGCCUGGGAUACUGAGAAGUACAGCGUCUCUGAAGUUGAGAGAAUCACAAGAAUGGCUGCUUUCAUGGCUUUGCAGCACAACCCACCUUUGCCUAUCUGGUCUUUGGACAAGGCCAAUGUGCUUGCAUCUUCUAGAUUGUGGAGAAAAACUGUCGACAAAGUCAUGAGCGAAGAAUUCCCUCAAUUGACGAUCAACCACCAGCUUAUUGAUUCCGCUGCUAUGAUCUUGGUGCAGAACCCUACUAAAUUGAACGGUGUUGUCAUCACUUCCAACAUGUUCGGUGACAUUAUUUCUGACGAGGCUUCUGUGAUUCCUGGUUCUUUGGGUCUUUUACCUUCUGCAUCUUUGGCAUCCUUGCCAGACACUAACAAGGCCUUCGGCUUGUACGAGCCUUGUCACGGUUCUGCCCCUGACUUGCCUGAGAACAAGGUUAACCCUGUCGCUACCAUUUUGUCUGCCUCUAUGAUGUUGCGUUUAUCUUUGGACGCUGUUAAGGAAGCUGAGGCUUUGGAGAAGGCUGUUAGCAACGUCUUGGACUCUGGUAUUAGAACCGCAGACUUGAAGGGCACCAGCUCCACUCAGGAAGUGGGUGAUGCCAUCGUGACUGAGGUCAAGAAGCUCUUGCUGGCUUAG